GGGGGGGUAUUUAACUUUUCCUAUUCAUCUAUUUAAACGAUGAAAGGUAAGUCUUUUUGAGUGUUGGUGUCCCAAGUUCAAGCAUAGUCUUUGUUACGCCCUCUUCAAAGCAGCAACAGACACCUAGACACAAGAAAAACUAUCCUCUACAUGCAAGCACGCACUUCUCAACCCAUGUAUCCGUGCCCUGAAUACUUCAUUGUCCGCCGCGGCGCUCGCCAGGACACCAUGGUGCCGCUUGUCGCUGCGGAUCAGCUCCCUGAGUGGCUGCAACUCGCCGGCGUCCCGCGCGAGCUCAGGGCCGAGCAGGCCAGUGGGCUCGUCAGUCUCGGGAUUCUCAGCCGGGAGGACGACAGCGUUUACGAGGUAUGUCUGCGCACAGAUAUGAUCCGGGCCAUCCUGAACGGCACGGAAAUUGAGCCUGAGACGCCGGGUUUUUCUGCUACGGAGAAGGGCACAGAGGAGGAUCACAGAAAGAAGGGGAAGAGGGAGGAGGAGGAAGCUGGGCUGCAGUAUUUUGCUGCAGCGCCCCGGAAGGAUACAGUGACGAUGACGACGUCGACUGCCGAGAGGAUGGCUCAGAGCGAUAAACCACAGGAAAGAUCGUCGCCUCGCACCGCUGGGAUGCGAGCAGCGGUAGCAACUGCGGAAGCAAUGGUACGCUGCAAUAGUAACGAGGUCACAGUCUCUGCGGCAAGCCGAGAGCGGAUUCGUGCUGAGAAGCCAGACAAGCCUCACCACCACCACCAACAUCAUCACUACCAGCAGCAUGAGAACAGACAGAAGGCACCUGGGCUGGCCUUCUCGGAUCCUAGGCUCAUCAUGACACCCCGGCAUAACACAAUCGACACUCAGCACCGUGGUACCAAGGAACACAACAAACCUGUCAUGGGCAAUAUGAACACCACUUACUGCCGACACUGGUGCCACCAUGGCACAUGCAAAUGGGGACGUGGGUGCCGAUACCAGCACCGAAUGCCGACGAGCUGGGAGGGCCUGCGCGAGAUUGGGCUCAAGGACUUUCCUACCUGGUAUCUCCUGGUGAUGGGCGCUGAAGGGUUCCCUGCUGGGCCGAGAAGAGGAGGAGAAGAUAUAGACGUGGAUAUGCACGUGGCCAGCGCCAAUACAGACGACAGUCGCUUGACCAGCCCGAGACAUUCCUUUCACCCGGCAGAAGCCCUUCUCUCGACGUCGUCAUCCUCUCCCUCUUCCUCUUCCUCCCGGCACUCUGAGACUCACAGACCCGCCAACCUCUCACAGCAGUACCACCAUCAGCCCUCGCCCAUGGACCUCCGCCUUAUGCAAGGGCGUAUGUCGGCCCUCCUCUCUGGGAGCACGGAAAUGAGCAAUCGGCAGAAGCUACGUCAGAUCAAGGAAAUGCGCGAGCUAUUCCUGCGGACCAGCAAUGCAUCCUCCAGACCAGCAUCGUUUCCCGAACCUGCCACCAGCCUCCAAAACAACGCCACCAUGCUCCGAAGACGACAAGGAGGUACCCAGGGAGUUGGCAUCCAUCCCCAGGGCAGUUUCAACCUAUAUACCGACGAAAACAGCAUGGUGGCCCCCACGGUCAGCCUGAGUGCUGCAGGCAGGAGGCACGGCGCGCAGGAGGAGGAGGGGCAGCAGAGGGAUGCAAAGGUGACGGUGGAGAGCCUGACCCCGGCGGACAUGAUUAAAAAAGACAGGAGUAUUGGCACAGCCAGUGGCGGGAAGGCUAUUGGGCCGUACGGCGAGGAUGACGACGAUGAGGACUUGCGUGGGAGGUUGUCGCCGGCUUGUGGACAUCGAUUGAAAAAUCCAUCAAUUCCGGCUGUUGACAACUUCGAUUUCCGUUCGCGCGUUUCUUUCUCCGAGGCUGAUGCUGUACAUCGCUAUUCGGUUGGGCGGCGACGGUUUUAG